AUGGCCGCGGCGGCAGCGUGCGCGCACGCGCGUCCGGGGUGGGCGCUGGCGGCGCUCGCGGCGCUGGGGCUCCUCCUGGCAGCGCGCGCCGCGGCGCGCCUCGCGCUGUGGCUGUACGCGGCGUUCCUCCGCCCCGCGAGGCCGCUGCGCCGCCGCUACGGCGCGUGGGCCGUCGUCACGGGCGCCACGGACGGGAUCGGCCGCGCGCUCGCGUUCCGCCUCGCCGCGGCCGGCCUUGGGCUCGUCCUCGUGGGCCGCAGCCCCGAGAGGCUCGCCGCCAUCUCGGCCGAGGUCGAGAAGAGGCACCCGGGCGCCGAGGUCCGCACCUUCGUGCUGGACUUCGCGGCCGAUGGUCUCGCCGCAAGGGUGGGCGCGCUCGGGGAGCUCGUCCGGGGGCUCGACGUGGGCGUGCUCGUGAACAACGCCGGCGCGUGCUACCCAUACGCGCGCUACCUCCACGAGGUGGACGAGGCGCUCCUGCGCAACCUGGUACGGCUCAACGUCGAGGCCGUCACGCGGGUGACGCACGCCGUGCUCCCGGGCAUGGUGGAGCGCGGGCGGGGCGCCGUCGUCAACAUGGGCUCCGGCGCCUCCGCCAUCCUGCCAUGCGACCCACUCUACACCGUCUAUGCUGCCACCAAGGCCUAUAUUGAUCAGUUUUCGAGAUGCCUCUAUGUCGAGUACAGGAGCAAAGGCAUUGACGUCCAAUGCCAGGUGCCACUGUUAGUGGCCACGAAGAUGGCGUCCAUCAGGAAUCCCUCCUUCUUCGCGCCGUCGCCGGAGACGUACGCCCGCGCCGCCGUCCGGUGCAUCGGGUACGAGCCGCGGUGCACGCCGUACUGGCCGCACGCGCUGCUGUGGCUCCUCAUCUCGCUCGUGCCCGAGCCCGUCGCCGACAGGAUGAUCCUCAACGUGGCCCUCGACGUCCGCGCCAAGGGGCGGGCUAAAGACACGAGGAGGAAGAAGGCGUAAUGGUGAUGAGGGUGUCUCGGGCCUGACCAAACAAUUAGUGCUGUCCUACUCCUGGAGAUAAUAAUGUCUUCAAAACUUGUACCCAGCCAGAGAAUUUUUUUUCUUCAUAUUCGUACGUCUUCUAGUGCGUUGAUUGUAUGCGGAGAAUGUUAUUGCUACCAUGUACUGUCAUACUACGGCUUUGUGAUAAAGGCAGGCAGCUCGUCGUGCGAGCUGUGUGCUCGAUCGUAGUCGUAACCCCGUAAGAAAUAAGGUAAUAAGCAUGCAAUCAGACAUGGUUGACAGUAGUCUCCCAUCUUAUGUUUU